UCACCUCUUUUUUCCACCUCCUUGAAACAACUUUCCUUCCAAACCAAAAACCAUGACUUGUGACUUCAAAAUCACCUUUCUUUUCCUCCCCCUAUAAACUCCUCCUCAAUUCUCUCUCUCUCUCUCAUCUCUCUCUCUCUCUCUCUCUCCCUUGUCGAUUCUCCUUUCAUCCACCCCAUCUUCUGCAACCAAAAAAAAACCCUAAUUUCCUCUCUCCUCAGUCCCAGAAUCAAAAUUCAGUAUCUCUAAAACUUCACCGUCUCUCUCUUCGUAUACUCAGUUCCAUCACCUUUGAUCAUCUCACUAUAUAAUCGAUACGAUACUAUGUAACUGGAAAUUACAAUUUUAGGGAUUCUUUUGAAUUCUAACUGUAUGCAGAUGACGUGAGUGCUGUUUGUGAACGGUUUGUGUAUCUGCAUUGAUUGGGGCUAACAAUGUCGGACGACAUGCUGCUUCAUUUCUCUUCCAACUCUUCGAACCAAUCCGACCAGUCUCUGCCCACGAAGAUUGCCAAACUCGAAGCUCGGAUGGUCGGUAAGGCUCCCUUGGCUGCGCCCGCCGCUGCCCCUGUGCAGGCCGCGUGGCCGGCUGUUUCGUCCGUGGCAAAUUAUGGGGUUGCGGAGGAUUUGGUUUCGAGCGAUUCCGAUGAUGAUAAUGGAGCGGAGUACCUCAUACAAGCAAAUACUCAAAAGCGCCCGAAGCUUGAAGAGGAUGACAGCUCAUCUGCUUUAGAUCCUGUAGAGGCAGUGGCUGACAUAGGGCAAAAGGUUGUUGAACCCACAGACCCCAAGCCAGGCCUAGAUAUCAAUAGGAGAAGACAAGGCCGUGGUAGGGGGCAUGCUGUGUCAGGUAGGGGGCGAGGGUCCCGAGUUAAUGGUCAAGCAAGAGCACAAAGUUCUCCUUCACCGGUUUUAACAUCAAAUGGUCUGCUGGAGAACUCGUAUCACAAGGACAGUUUGUCAAAAGAGCAACAGGGGAGUGACGACCGCUCUUCACUGGAGGAGGAGAUCACAUCUUUACGGGCAAAGAUUGCUGCGUUAGAAGAGGACCUCAAGAAAUCACGUCAAGAGGCCUCUGAUUAUCAGCAACUAUGCCAGCCAUUAGAAAAGGAACUGAAGGAUCUUAAAGAUGGUGAACAACAAAUGAAACCAAAGAGAAUGAAGGUAAUAUCUGAUCUUUUAGUAUCUGUUUCAAAAGCUGAGAGACAAGAAGCAAGGUUGAAAGUACGCCAGGAUUCUUUGAGACUUGGCAAUGUGGGUGUAAUCAGAGCCGGAACUAUCAUAUCUGAGACAUGGGAGGAUGGGCAAGCACUUAAGGAUCUCAAUGCUCAUCUUAGACAUUUAUUGGAGACGAAGGAAGCUAUUGAGCGGCAGCGGAAAUUACUGAAGAAACGACAAUCAGACAAGGGAGAUGCAAUUGAUACAGAAGCAGGAUCUCAUGAAGAAGAUUUUCUAAUCCAGGAUGAGAUCUAUAAAUCCCGUCUAGCCAGCAUCAAGCGUGAGGAAGAUACCUUUUUGCGUGAGAGGGACCGAUAUGAAAUAGAGAAGGGAAGGCUUAUACGUGAAAUGAAACGCAUACGGGAUGAGGACGGUUCUCGUUUCAACAAUUUUCAGAUUUUGAACCACCGAUAUGCACUUCUAAACCUUCUUGGGAAAGGUGGAUUCAGCGAGGUUUACAAGGCUUUUGACUUGGUGGAGCAUAGAUAUGUUGCAUGUAAGCUUCAUGGUCUGAAUGCUCAGUGGAGUGAAGACAAGAAGCAAAGUUACAUAAGGCAUGCAAUUCGAGAGUACAACAUUCACAAGACCUUGGUUCAUCAUCACAUUGUGCGGCUUUGGGACAUUUUUGAAAUUGACCAUAAUACAUUCUGUACCAUCUUAGAGUACUGUAGUGGAAAAGAUCUUGAUGCAGUUCUUAAAGCAACACCUGUACUGCCAGAGAGGGAAGCAAGGAUCAUUAUGGUUCAAAUAUUCCAAGGCCUUGUUUACUUGAAUAAAAGAACACAGAAAAUCAUCCAUUAUGAUUUGAAGCCUGGGAAUGUUCUAUUUGAUGAGUUCGGUGUUGCUAAAGUGACUGAUUUUGGUCUUAGUAAGAUAGUAGAGGAUGAUGUCGGCUCUCAGGGAAUGGAACUCACAUCACAAGGAGCUGGAACAUACUGGUAUCUGCCCCCAGAAUGCUUUGAGCUAAGCAAAACUCCUCUCAUUUCUUCAAAGGUUGAUGUUUGGUCGGCUGGUAUUCUGCUUUAUCAAAUGCUCAUUGGCAGACGGCCUUUUGGUCAUGACCAGACGCAGGAGCGAAUUUUACGUGAAGAUACUAUUAUCAAAGCUCGUAAAGUGGAAUUCCCUUCCAGACCUGCUGUCUCAAAUGAAGCGAAGGAUUUUAUUCGCCGAUGCUUGACUUACAAUCAGGCAGAGCGGCCAGACGUUCUAAGUAUUGCUCAAGAUCCAUACCUUACAUACACCAAGAAAUGAACAUGGUUAUCAAUCUGCUGAAGGCUCUUCUGGGCUGAGCAGGAAGGUUUAAAGUUUCCUUUAGUCAACUCCAGAAUUAAGAAAUACCACAGUACAUGGGGGGAAUUUUGUAUAGUUGUAAAGCUUUUGUUAUUUUCUUCCCAUCCUCUUCUUAACCGAAAGUCGGCGUCCAUUUUUCUUCUUAUAAAAGUUUCUGUUCAUCGUCCUUUUUGUUGUUGUACCUUACUCCUCAUGAGAAGACAUGAGAGGAUAGAGAAGAAGACGUAGGAAGGAUGUUUUGUUUUUAAUUAAAAGCUAAAUGUUCAAAUUUUCUCA